CAGGAUAUCCUGGAAUUUCAGCUGAUGUUCAUACCCAGGUAUUGUGCAAAUACAGAGAUAUAAAGAGACCUUGCCCUACCUGAGCUGGAGGAGAGAGCCUGCAGCAAGGAUACCUGUGUUGAAGCUUCAGCAGGAGCUGCCAGGUUUUAGGUACUUGUCAGUUUCUGCCUGCCUGAGCUGAUCAUUCUCCUUCAGCUGUUGCCAGACAGAAGCAUGCACACCUUUCUGUUCCUGUGUUCCCUCCUCCUCUGCAACAGCCUAACGCUGGCUGCACAGAGGAAGAUCCAGCAGCUCCGUGAUGAAGAGGAAGAAAGCCCGGCUCAGGUACGGACCCCACAGACACUCUCUCGAGGCUGGGGAGACGACAUUGAAUGGGUGCAGACAUAUGAAGAAGGUUUAGCACGAUCAAAACACAGCAAGAAGCCACUGAUGGUUAUUCACCACUUGGAAGAGUGUCCUUACAGUCAAGCUUUAAGGAAAGCAUUUGCUUCUAGCCCAGAGAUCCAGCAGAUGGCUCAGAAGGACUUUAUCAUGCUCAAUCUGGUGCAUUCCAGCAGCGAUGACAACAUGGCGCCCGAUGGCCAUUACGUCCCUCGGAUCCUCUUUGUGGAUCCUUCAAUGACGGUUCGAGCUGAUCUAACUGGCAAAUACUGGAACAGGAUGUACACUUAUGAACCAGAAGAUAUUUCAACCUUGCUUUCUCCGCAGUGAUUGACAACAUGAGACAAGCGAAGCUGCUCCUGCACACCGAGCUCUGAGGAAGGGGCAGCACCAUCCACACAGGGGACAGAGAACAGCCCCGGGGUGCUGAGAGCCCCAGCACAAGAGCUCAGAGACCCCACGGGACAACUGGUACCCAGGAUGAGGCACCACCCACUCAUUUUUAAAUAGCAGUUUAUCUUCAUGAUGCUAUGAUUAUCAUUAACAGAGAAUAAUUUUCUUUGCUAGUGUUUACAAACAUUUCUUGACUCCAAUUAGCAUAAUUCUGGAAGGGAUACUUACAUUAUAGAUGUCUUUUCUAAAUUUGUCCUGUGUGUUCCCAGAUACCUUCUAAUUAUUGGUCAUUUUUGCACCACACAAUUUUUUUUCCCUGUCAUUUUAACCCAUACAUAUUUCAGUUUGAAAGCCUUUUAGUACAGUAAAAAACAAAAGCAUGGAACUACAGUCCACAUUAAGAUAGGUUUUGUAUUUCUGUUGCUUUGUGAAUUGCCGUGCUCACUCAUUUGAGUUUCAGAUAAUUGUUUUAUUAUUCUUUCUUAAAACAUUUGCUGCAUAAUUCAAACAACAAAAAUAAAGGAUCA